AUGGCCGUGUUCUUUAACUCCAGUGAGUCUGAAGUCAGCUUUGAAGUCGGUGUAUAUGAAGAAAUCCCCAAACCUGAAAGCAAGGACACCACUGCUGACAAGGCUUCAAAGCCAAAAUUAAGCUAUUUCAGAGUGGUUCUGGUGAGCUUCGGGCUGCUGUGUGUUCUUCAAGCAAUUCUCAACAUCGCUCUGAGACUUACUAUGAGUCAGUCCACUGAGACGGGCGCGACAGAGGGGGAGAGCUGCCCGCAGGACUGGCUGAUGUUUGAGUCCAGUUGUUACUACAUUUCCCCGCAGAGGAAGAACUGGAACGACAGCCGGCGUUACUGUUUACAGAAUGAUGCUGAUCUGGUCAUCAUCAACAGCACACAGGAACAGGCUUUUCUCACUGGGUUCGCCAUGGCAGUGUGGAUUGGGAUGACUGACCGGGCCAAGGAAGGAACUUGGAUCUGGGUGAAUGGAAAACCAGUGGACAGAAAUGGGUAUCCGUGGGAACGUGGCAGCCAGCCAGAUUCAGACCUGGGCCUAAUGCCCCCAUAG